AUGCCUCACUCCAAGACACCCGGCCAGAGCAACGCUGCUUCGGACAAGUUCAACAAGCAAGAAGCUGAGAGCAAGGGUCUCGGUGCAUCCAACGCGCCCGCUGCGAAAGAGGGCAACGCACCCGGCGAAGCACCUGUAGCCUCAGACAGCGGCAACUCGAACGUUGGUGUUGACCCCAGUGCGAACAAGCCUGGCGAAAAAGGCAUUGGUGGACCAAACUACGGUACACACUAG